AUAUACGUGCAUUAUUCAAAAUAUAUGUAAUAUUUGGAUAAUAAGAUAAACGGUAAUGAUCAUAUCAAGAAAAAAAAUUUUGUUAAGGAUUCUCGAGCAUUUACGUAAAAAUUAUAUAAAUUGUAUAAAAAAUUGAGAAAAGUAUUAACCACUAAUCAAAAAUGUUAUCCCGUAAAUCUCUGGACUAUGGUCGCUAGUAUCGAUCGUGCGAACUGGUGAGAACACGUCACACACAAUGGACGCUACGGUUUGUAUCUUGGUGAGCACGUAACUGUUUAUCGUGUAUUGCAUCACAAGAAAGCAAGUUAUGGUGUGCAUCCUGUGUCAAAUAAAUGAAAACCGUUAAAUGCGCUUGAAUCGAUGAGCAUUCUUUGGUGAGGUGCGAAUUGUGUUAGUGAAGAAAAACGAGUGUCACGUAAGUGUGUACGAGCCACUGAAGGUCUUGUAAAACAUCAAGGACUUAUCUUCGCAAAACAUGAACUUUUCUAAGAUUGAUGAGGAUAUAUAAUCAUUUUACAUAUCCGUAGUGGUGCCAGGACAUAGCUAAAACCUGUUUUAAUGAUGAACUUUUGUAGGCAUAGCGUUCGCGCUUUAAAAGACUAUAUAUUGAAACUUUUUCAAAAAACGAGUAUAUUAUGUGUUAUGAAAUAUACAAGAAUGUUAAGGACUGUUUAUAUUAUUCGGUAAAAGUAGGGCUAAGCAUUUCAGUUGAAAAGAUAAAUUUAAUUACACAAAUUUUUACAACCGUUAUUUUUAUGUUAUAUACGGACGAUUUAUGAUAAUAAUCGUGAAACGUCAGUUAAAACAAUAUUUUAUUAUUAUAAAUUUUAACAAAAGCUAAACCAUAGCGCGAAACAAUUUUGUUUGUGCAUAGUUGGAACAAGAACACUUGUGAUAAUGGUAGAUGUAAAUUGGAAACUGCUAUGGAUUAUACACGUUCUAAUUAAAGUAUACGAAGACAAUUUUAGUAUCAAGAGUUAUAAACCAAUGCAAGUUUUUGGCCAAUGGAUUUCUUGAAUAUAAUAAAACAUUAUAAAAACUACAUCUUUUACCACAGUGACUUUAAAUUGGAUAUUAUGUGCAAUCUUCUGAAUCUUCUUAUACUAAAAACAUUACUGAGUUGUUUGCUACCGUGUAAUUAUCGUAAGAUAAAAUAUUUAAAGGUGCCUGCACAACACUGGUCUUACACCUCCUGUAUACCUAAAAAGAUAGAGCCUGGAUGAAGGAAUCAAUAAAGAACUGAUUUUCAAGACUGUAUAAUAUUAAUUAAGAUAAACUGGAUCGAAGAGGAAGCAUGGACAGCAACGCAGAUGCAGAUAAUUUAAAUCUCAGUUGUGGAGAAAAUGAUAUAGUGGAUGAGUUAAAAAUUGGAGCUGAUGAAACAUAUGAUACACGCAGUGAAGUAUCGUCUAGCAGCUCGAAUUCAGAUUCUAGUCAACCAAGUAUAAGUUCCAUUUCUACAAAAUCAUCGCGUGGGGAUAACAAGCGGAAUCGCAAAAAUAAAGGAAAACGUGCUAGAUCAAGAGAAUCUAAAUCUUCCAGUCCAGAAACUAAACGUGCAAGAUCUAAGGACAGCAAAGGACCAGUCAAGAGUUAUGAUUAUGCAACGAAAUUGAAUUACUUAUUUAGAGAUGCAAGAUUUUUCAUCAUCAAAUCCAACAAUGCUGAGAACGUGACCCUUUCCAAGGCCAAAGGAGUAUGGAGCACACUUCCUCAAAAUGAAGCUAAUUUAAACCAAGCAUAUAGAGAAUCUAGGAAUGUAUUGCUUGUUUUUUCUGUAAAAGAAUCAGGAAAAUUUGCUGGUUUUGCAAGACUCAGCACUGAAUCUAGAAGAGAUGGAGCACCUAUUUCAUGGGUUUUACCUCCUGGCUUAUCUGCAAAAGCAUUGGGUGGUGUAUUCAAAGUAGAUUGGAUAUGUAGAAAAGAAUUACCAUUUACAGCAACAUUGCAUUUGUAUAAUCCUUGGAAUGAUGGCAAGCAAGUUAAAAUUGGUCGUGACGGUCAAGAGAUUGAGCCUCGCGUUGCAGAAGAAUUGUGCAGAUUAUUUCCUGAAGAUGAAGGGAUAGAAAUGACCCCAAUCUUAAGAAAGUCUAAAGAGGCAGCUAAACAUAUUAUUAAAUCUACACGUUCAUAUAGAGAUAGUAGACCUAUUAGUAAUAAUAGUAGGUUUUUACGUACUCGAGGCAGAGGACGUAGACUUUUCCUGACAUCAAGAUCACGAUUAGCUUCUUUAGCUAGAGGAUCGCAUUUGUCCAGUGGAGAACAUAGAGGUUCAAGGGAUCAUCAUCAUCAUCGAUAUACCAGUUGGUUUAAUAGAGGAGAUUCGCCUUAUUCAAAAGGAUAUGGUAACACUGGUUUGGGCGUAGCUGCUGCUGCUGAAGCUUAUGUUGCAGAUUAUAUGCGUACUAUGCAGCAUCAAUUACCUCCAUUACCACCUUACGCUGCACCACAUCCAUAUGAUUCUUUACCUCCACCACCACCACCCCCAAGAUAUUAUGAUGGCUUGCCACUACCACCCGACUAUACCGCAGCUGCUUCGGCGCUUGAAAAACGCAGUUAUGAACGAAGUGUAGAUGAGUUUUUAUGGAGAACAGCAAGUCGUCAUAACCGGCAUAGUGACCAUCGAUCAUCUCGUGAUCACCACCAUAGAUACAGAGAUCGCAGAUAAAUCACAUUUUAAAUAUUUUAUUAAGUAUACACAUACAUAUUAAUUUGUCGAUUUAUACGCAAUUUAACUAUCAAUUAUCCUUACGAACGAGCAAUAGUAUGCAUUGAUUUUAUAAAAAAGAUUUGUCUAGGCAUAGAGACUUAUUUAAGUCUGCUAUUAUAUAAACUUAGAUAUUAUAUAAGCAUUUUUUUAUUACUUUUAUACUACUACGUUUUAGUUCCUUCUUUUUAUGGCAAAAAAAAAAAUAUGUAACUGAGUGUUAACUUCGUAACAUU